AUGACAGCUGCAGUUGCGACUCAACCCCACAAUCUUCCGCUCCUCGUUACUACCGAGACGUGUCGAGGCCGUACUUACAUUGUUACUGGCGCCAACACCGGCCUCGGGCUUGAAGCUGCCAGGCAUCUUGUUCGACUAGGCUCUGCCACCGUGAUUAUGGCAGUACGUGACCCAUCUUCCGGCCUUCGCGCUCUGACUGAUAUUGAAUCAUCAACCGGGAUUUCUGGUGUAGCUCAAGUUUGGGAGCUUGAUCUAUCUUCAUACGCUUUUGUUAUAGCUUUUGGGAAAAGAGUUAUGGAGGAAUUUGAUAGAAUUGAUGCAGUGAUAGAGAAUGCUGGGGUAGCUUCAGGAGAAAGAAUCAUCAAAGAGGGACAUCUGCUUACAAUUACAGUUAAUGUAAUCAGCACUAUACUAUUGGGAGUCUUGCUGCUUCCAAAAUUGAAGGAGUCUGGGGAGCGAUUCGGAAUCUUACCGCAUUUGGUUAUCGUAACGAGUAGAGUCGGUUUUGAUUUUGGGGAGGACUGGAUGAAGAUCAAGGAUGACCCAAUAGUGAAUUCGAAUACGGAAGAGAUGACUCCAAAGGCGUAUCCACUGUCUAAGCUCCUUGAGAUAAUGGCAAUCCGCCAUCUUACUGGUCUUCUUCCCCUUCAACAAACUGGAGUUGUCAUAAAUCUAGUGUGCCCCGGUCUUUGUAAGACCGAUCUUAGCCGCAGCGUCCCCCCCAGACUUCGUGAAAGAAUAGCUAAGCAAAAGGAGCAAUAUGGGCGAACUGCCGAAGAUGGCAGUCGAACAUUAUUGUACGGCGCAGUUGUGGGCGAAGAUAGUCAUGGGUGUCUUUUGGAAUCCUGUACCAUUGCCGAGAAUGUAAUACCUAGUUGGGUAACUGACUUGGAUGGCAGGAAAUCGCAGAAGAUUGUUUGGGACGCUAUUGCAGAGGAGCUGGAAACGAUUGAGCCUGGAAGUGUAGAGAAGAUAUUCAAAAGAUGA